AUGUCAUCUCCGCUCCUUCGUUCGCAGAGCGGAUCUAAUCUGAGACGCAUCGAGAGCGCACCGUUAUUAACCGGAGGGGGCUACGCUGAUCAGUACUUGUAUGGAACUGUCGACGAUGAGACGGUGGAAGAGGCCGCUCCUCAGAAUAAAAGAGACGUGACACCGUUGCCGGCGAGGCAAAUAUCAUUGCUUUGCCUCAUGCGAAUGGCAAAUCCGAUUGCAUACUCCCAGAUCUUCCCGUACAUAAAUGAGAUGAUGGAAGACAUUGGGGUUGUCGACCAUGUGGCACAAGUCGGAUAUUAUUCUGGCCUUGUGGACAGCACGUUCGCAUUUGUUCAGCUAUUUACUUGUUUACGCCUUGGAAUGCUUGCAGACCGGUGGGGUCGAAAACCAAUGCUACUCAUAGGCCUUGCCGGCGUCGCUUUAUGUACAAUUCUAUUUGGAAUGGCCAAGUCGUUCAUUUUUGCAGUCGCAACGCGUGCAGUAGCGGGAGCUUUGGCGGGAAACUCCAUGAUUAUCAAUAGUUCGGUUGGAGACAUUACGGAUGAGUCAAAUCAAGCACAAGCAUAUGCCUGGAUUGGACUCUCCUACAAUGUUGCGUCCAUUGUUGGACCUGCCAUCGGCGGUUCAUUUGCAAAACCCGAAGUCACGUUCCCAAACACCUUUGGUAAAAUAUGGCUCCUCCAGGAGUAUCCAUAUUUAUUACCGUGUUUAAUUACAAGUCUAGUCGCAAUUAUUGCUUUCAUACUCUGUGCCCUGUUCUUCAAAGAGACGGUUGUUCGCAGGCCUGUUCUAAAGCAGGUGGAGAGCUCUUAUUCGGCGCAAGACGUCAGCUCGGAAGCGUUAGCCGCAAGGGACCUCAGCACAUGGCAGCUCGCAUUGGAUCCUGUGUUGUUCUAUAUUCUCCGAGAACACUUUAUUCUCAAUAUUUUGGACACAUGUUCUAGCGUUGUAUUUACACUCUUCGCCUAUACUCCAAUUCAGCACGGUGGCCUGUCACGAAACCCCCGAGAAAUCGGAUUCGCAGUCGCUUUAAGUGGUGUUUUAUCGGGGACGGUCGAAGUCAUUUUUCUUGCCCCAUUGCAGCGUCAAUUCGGGGUAGCGACACUACUCAAGUGCACGAUGUCGCUAUGGCCGUUGGUUUUCUUGUCCUUCCCAUUUACGCAUCUCGUCGCACGACUGACAUUGGGUGAUCCUACCGCGACGGACAUGAGGACGCAGCCCGCGGGAGUAGCUGUUUGGACGUGCAUAUUUCUGCAACUCCUACUGCAGAGGGUUGCCGCGAUGGCCUACCCACUCAAUUUAAUUUUGACAAGGAAUGCUGUUCCAUCAGAUGAAAUCCUCGCGACCGUCUUUGGUCUGUCUCAGCUCAUUUCAAGCUCCGCUCGAACAGUCGGUCCGGCUUUUAUUAACUCACUAUUCGCUUUCUCGAAAGAACACUAUGUGUUGGGCGGGAAUCUCGUUUGGUUGGUCAUGGUCGCGAUUUCUUUGUUGGGCAUGCUGGCUGCCAUGAAAGUUCGGGAUGGACGUAGGAACCUGUCGGAGGAUGACAUACCAGAAUGA